AUGGGUGGAAUAUCCAGUAGUCUCUUGCCUCUAGUUCGUGAUUCUUCUGGUGGCAAUGCAGAUUAUUUAGUUGGUGAAGUUAUUGAUAUUCAUGGUUAUCUAUAUAAGUUUCGACGACGUUUAGGCAAGGGUGGUUUCGGUGCUGUUUAUGCGGCUACAGGACCCGAUGGUGAUAGUGUAGCAGUUAAAGUAAUUGAUAUAAGUAGAGUGCCAUCUCAUCGGGCCCCAGGUUUUGUCGAGUCAUAUUUAACUGAAGUUAAACAUCUUGAAAAAUUACGACAAGAAUCAAAUCAUGUUGUUCAUAUUUAUGAUUUUGAUUUUGAUCCUGACUAUGGUUUAGCUUAUAUUGUAAUGGAAUUAGGUGGUGAAAGUUUAUUAGGACUUGUUAACCGUUUACAUAAAAAGGCUAAGCAUCGAAGAGAACCUGGUACAUAUAUAAAUCCAGUUGUUCGCCAAAGUAUUUGGCGCCAAAUGGUUACUAUUGUCAGGACACUUAUUGAAAAUAAUGUUGUUCAUAUGGAUUUAAAACCAGAUAAUUUAAUUUUAUUUGGACGAACACUUAAAAUAAUUGACUUAGGUUUAGCACAAAAACCUCAUGUAGGAAGUCCUGCUUUUGGGGGUACGCCACAAUUUAGUGCACCCGAAGUAAUGGAUGAUCCUUCUGCUCAUGGUCAUAGUUUUAGUUCAAAAUCUGAUAUUUGGUCUUUAGGUGCUAUUCUUUAUUUUAUGACUUAUGGUGUACCACCAAAAUAUCAUCACAGAGCAGCAGAUCCUCCACAUGGACAAAAACAAGCACGUGAUCGUCAUCUAGUUGAUAUUCUUCGUCUUACACUUGUUACAGAUCCUCAUGGACGAGCCGAUAUACAUACACUUUUACAUCAUCCAUAUACAAAACGUCAUAAAUAA